AUGGCUGGGACGGCCGCGCCGACCCCGGUGAUGAAGCCAUCUGCGGUGUGCGUAGACAACCCCUAUCCGCAGGUCUGGGGUCCUCCGGCGACGCUGGCCACACGUUCAGACAAUCUGGUCUGUUGCAUGGUUGGUCUGCCGGCCAGAGGCAAGACCUUCAUCGCCCGGAAGCUAUGUCAGUACAUCAGUUUCUUCUAUGGCAGCCCCUGCAAAGUCUUCAACGUCGGAGAGUACCUGCUCAGGCUUGUGGAUGGCAAGUUCCAGCCAGCUUCCUUCUUCGACGAGUCCAACGAAGAAGCCCGCGCACUACGUCGCCAGGCUUCGGAGCAUGCCGUGGUGGACUUGUGCGAAUGGAUGAGCGGCCAAAGCCCUAAGAAAAGGAAGCUUUCCUCGCACGACCUUGUGGAGGACAAGUGCAGCAGCUAUAUCUCCGGGGAGUUUGGCGCCGUGGCGAUCUAUGAUGCCACGAACUCCACAAAGGAGAGGCGGCGAUGGCUCGUAGAACGUCUUCAGGACCUAGGCGCGAAGGUCAUCUUCCUGGAGGUUACCUGCAGCGAUUCCGAGCGCAUCUCCGAAAACAUCCAGUCCACGCACAAGAGCCUGCAAGUGCAACAGGUCUUGAGCGCGGAAGAGGCAGGUGCAGACUUCAUGAAGCGAAUCGGCUUCUACAACGAGGUGUACGAGACGCUCUCGGAAACCGAAUAUAGCUGGAUCAAAUUCGUAGAUGGCGGGAGAGAGAUUUCCCUCCAUAAUAUGCGCGGCUUUUUGGCAUCGCGGAUUGCGCAGUUCCUGCUGAACCUGCACGGGCAACGAAGACCUAUCUUCCUGUCCCGGCACGGCCAGUCUGAGUACAACCGACUGGGCAAGAUAGGUGGGGACUCCGUGUUGACAUCGCACGGGGAGGAGUACGCCACCGCCCUUGCCGACUGGGUGGACAAAGAGGUGAAGAUAGAUGCUACCGGAAAGCCCCGGCCUGCGCGGCUCUGGACUUCGUCGCUGAAGCGCACGAGGCUCACAGCCAGACAUAUCCGACACGACAGUCUGACGUUGCCGUCUGGCACGCAGUGGGUACAGAUGCGGCCAAAGAUGUUCCGUAAUCUAGAUGAGAUAUACGCCGGUCUCUGCGACGGGAUGACCUACGAGGAGAUCGAGCGCGAAUAUCCGGAGGAAGCGACGGCACGGAAAGGGGACAAGUUCGAAUAUCGCUAUCCUCGCGGGGAGAGCUACACGGAUCUCAUCUCCCGCCUGGAGCCCAUGGCGCACGAGAUGGAGCGGGCGCAGGAGACCCUGCUUGUGGUGGCCCACCAGGCCAUCCUGCGCGUUCUCUACGCCUACUUCAUGGGUAUGCGGCGCGAGGAGUGCCCAGAUGUGUCGAUUCCCCUCAACACCGUCAUCAAGCUGACACCGACCGCAGAAGGCUGCAGUGAGGAGCGGUUUACCUUGCUGCCUAACCUCAAGGGAAAGGAGCUUGAUCCUGCGAGUCAUUGA